CGUCAGCCUAUCACAUACCGGGGGCGGAGCCGUAGUGGGGCGCGUCUUAUUUGCGUCACUUCCGGUGAGUCCAGCAGUGACCAAGGCAACAUGGCCUUGAACGGUGCAGAUGUCGACGAUUUCACCUGGGAGCCUCCGACUGAAGCUGAGACGAAGGUGCUGCAGGCGCGACGGGAGCGGCAGGAUCGCAUCUCUCGUCUCAUGGGCGACUAUCUGCUCCGUGGUUACCGCAUGCUGGGCGACACGUGCGCGGACUGCGGGACGAUCCUCCUGCAAGAUAAACAGCGGAAAAUCUACUGCGUGGCUUGUCAGGAGCUCGACUCAGACGUGGAUAAAGAUAACCCGGCUUUGAAUGCACAAGCAGCCCUCUCUCAAGCUCGGGAACACCAGCUGGCCUCUACUACAGAGCCUGCCUCGAGCUCUCGGCCGCCGUCCCAGCCACCAGUACCCCGUCCAGAGCACUGUGAGGGAGCUGCAGCAGGGCUCAAGGCAGCCCAGGGGCCUCCUCUUCCGGCUGCACCUCCAAAUGCAGACGUGGUGGCUUCCACACAGACAGCCCUCCUGCAGAAGCUAACCUGGGCGUCAGUUGAGCUGGGCUCUAGCACUUCCUUGGAGACUAGUAUCCAGCUUUGUGGGCUUAUCCGGGCUUGUGCUGAGGCCCUGGGCAGCCUGAAGCAGCUGGAGCACUGAGACCUCUACCCCGAUCCCUGUUCCCCUGAGAAAAACCCUCUAGAAAACCA